GGGAAAGAGAAAGAGAAAGAGAGAGGGUGUCUGGGAGAGUGUGAUAGUGUGUGUGUAGGCUGUCUCUCACAUGGCCACCAUGCCGUUGGGGCCAAGCCAUGAAGCACCAGAGCCACAAACACAAACACAGCCACAGAUCAAUGAGCCGCUGAAGCUUGUGUCCCGCCGCCCCUCCGAUAUGGACUCCGAUAAGGAAAUGUCAGCUGGUGUUAUUGAGGGGAAUGAUGCAGUCACUGGUCACAUCAUUUCCACCACGAUAGGAGGCAAAAAUGGCGAACCCAAACGGACCAUCAGUUACAUGGCAGAGCGCGUUGUAGGUACUGGAUCAUUUGGAGUUGUUUUUCAGGCAAAAUGCUUAGAGACUGGUGAGACUGUGGCAAUAAAGAAGGUCUUGCAGGAUAGGCGGUAUAAAAAUCGUGAGCUGCAGUUAAUGCGCUUGAUGGAUCACCCGAAUGUGGUUUCUCUGAAGCAUUGUUUCUUCUCUACAACAAGUAAAGAUGAGCUUUUUCUGAAUUUAGUGAUGGAAUAUGUUCCUGAGACUAUGUACCAGGUUCUGAAGCAUUACAACAGUGUGAACCAGAGGAUGCCCCUCAUCUAUGUUAAACUUUACACAUAUCAAAUCUUUAGGGGGCUAGCAUAUAUCCAUUCCGUUCCUGGUGUUUGCCAUAGGGAUUUGAAACCUCAAAAUCUUUUGGUUGAUCCUUUCACCCACCAAGUUAAGCUUUGCGAUUUUGGCAGUGCAAAAGUUCUGGUCAAGGGCGAAGCAAAUAUAUCCUAUAUAUGCUCUCGUUACUAUCGGGCUCCUGAACUGAUAUUUGGUGCAACAGAAUAUACAACAUCAAUUGAUAUUUGGUCGGCUGGUUGUGUCCUUGCUGAGCUUCUUCUGGGCCAGCCAUUGUUUCCAGGAGAAAAUGCAGUGGAACAACUUGUAGAAAUUAUCAAGGUUCUAGGUACUCCAACUCGAGAAGAAAUUCGUUGCAUGAAUCCUGAUUAUAAGGACUUUAGGUUCCCUCAAAUUAAAGCUCAUCCUUGGCAUAAGGUUUUCCACAAACGAAUGCCUCCCGAGGCAAUUGACCUUGCUUCACGGCUUCUUCAAUAUUCACCGAGUCUUCGGUGCACUGCGUUAGAAGCAUGUGCACAUCCUUUCUUUGACGAGCUACGGGAGACCAAUGCCCGCCUUCCAAAUGGACGCCCAUUGCCCCCUCUUUUCAACUUCAAACAGGAAUUACAAGGAGCAUCACUAGAGUUGAUCAACAGGCUUGUACCGGAGCACGUGAGGCGGCAGACUGGUUUCUACUUCCCGCAUUCAGCUGGUACGUAAAAAGACAAUGUAAACGAGGAAUCAACUCUGUGGUAGUGAUGGAUGUGGAAAAAGCAAGGAGGGCAUGUUUUGUGGUCUUAUGUAACCGAGCGUUGUGACUUAAAUGAGCAGUUUUUCCUUGCCCUGUGAAGAAAUGUAUACUACGUCAUUUUAGCCAAAAAAAAAAAAACAAAAAACAAAAGAUACUGAUGUCCCUAUUUUUGUACAUUGUUUUGAUCGUAAAGAUUCCAGUGGUAGGAAUAUAAAAAGUGAUGCUAUUCAUGUCUC